GUCUCGCAUCAGGCGAUAGCUUGCGAGAAUUAUGAAAAUUGGAGAUGGCGACAACCCGUCGCUCGCUUCUUCAGAGUGAAAUAGGAGGUUCUCCGUCCCAUAAUGAUCCAGGAAGAGAACUUUUCGAAGCUUGCAGAAAUGGAGAUUUGAACAAAGUGAAGAAGCUAGUAAAUUGUCACAAUGUGAACUCGAAAGAUACAGCAGGGCGGAAGUCGUCUCCUCUCCAUUUCGCUGCAGGAUUUGGUAGAAAAGAUGUAGUAGAGCAUCUUCUUGAAUGUGGUGCUAGUGUCCAUGCUAAAGAUGAUGGUGGAUUGAUUCCCCUUCAUAAUGCCUGCUCCUUUGGACAUGCUGAGGUUGUUCAGCUAUUGCUCAGAAGUGGCGGAGAUGCUAAUGCAAGAGACAAUUGGAAUUACACACCUCUUCAUGAAGCUGCUAUCAAAGGGAAAAUUGAUGUUUGUAUAGUUUUGUUACAACACUGUGCCGAUGCCAACAUUAAAAAUACAGAUGGCAAAACAGCACUGGACCUGGCGGAUCCUUCAGCAAAAGCUGUAUUAACAGGAGAGUACAAAAAAGAUGAGUUGCUGGAAGCUGCUAGGAGUGGAAAUGAAGAAAAGUUGAUGUCAUUACUGACUCCAUUGAAUGUUAAUUGUCAUGCUAGUGAUGGAAGGAAGUCAACCCCAUUACACCUAGCAGCUGGGUAUAACAGAACAAGAAUUGUACAGUUAUUAAUCCAACAUGGAGCAGAUGUACAUGCUAAAGACAAAGGUGGACUUGUGCCUUUACACAAUGCCUGUUCCUAUGGUCAUUUUGAAGUUACAGAAAUGCUGCUUAAGGCUGGUGCCAGUGUUAAUGCUAUGGACUUAUGGCAGUUUACACCAUUACAUGAAGCUGCAUCUAAAUCACGUGUAGAAGUUUGCUCGUUACUGCUGGCUCAUGGAGCUGAUCCUACCUUAGUUAAUUGUCAUUCAAAAAGUGCUAUAGAUGUUUCUCCUACCAGAGAACUUCAAGAAAGAUUACAAUAUGAAUUCAAAGGACAUUCAUUACUGGAAGGUUGUAGACAAGCUGAUCUUGCUCGAGUGAAGAAAUAUUUAGAAGUUGUCAACUUCAAGCAUCCAUAUACAGGAGAAACUGCAUUGCAUUGUACAGCAGCUUCACCUUUCCCUAAGAGGAAACAAGUUAUGGAGGCAUUGAUAAGAAAAGGUGCCAACUUAAACGAUAAAAACAAAGAAUUAUUAUCUCCCCUGCAUGUAGCAGCAGAUAAAGCUCAUUACGAUGUGAUGGAUGUGUUACUGAAACAUGGUGCUAAAGUAAACGCAAUAGAUGGACUGGGUCAGACAGCAUUACAUCGUGUAGCUCAACAGGGUAACACGCAAGCGUGUAGACUUCUGAUGUCGUAUGGGAUUGAUACUAAUAUUGUCUCCUUACAUGGUUACACUGCUUCACAAUUAGCUACAGAAAACAUACAGAAAAUGUUGAAAGAAGACCCCCCUUUAGGAGGUACAGAUGUAGAUAUACAGUUACUGGAGGCAGCAAAGGCUGGGGAUAUGGAGGUAGUUAAAAAAUUAAUAUCUGCUAACCCCCACUCUGUGAACUGUCGAGACCUGGAUGGAAGACAUUCAACACCUUUACAUUUUGCUGCUGGAUAUAACAGAGUUACUGUGGUUGACUUUUUACUAGAGCAUAAUGCAGAUGUGCAUGCUAAAGACAAAGGAGGACUGGUUCCUUUACACAAUGCAUGUAGUUAUGGACAUUAUGAAGUUACAGAACUAUUGAUAAAGCAUGGAGCCUGUGUUAAUGUGGCAGAUCUAUGGAAGUUUACACCUCUACAUGAAGCUGCUGCUAAAGGGAAAUUUGAAAUAUGUAAAUUAUUGCUGAAGCAUGGUGCAGAUGCAACCAAAAAGAAUAGGGAUGGUAACACACCAUUAGACCUUGUCAAAGAAGGUGAUCAUGACGUGGCUGAUUUACUUAGAGGUGAUGCAGCAUUACUGGAAUCUGCCAAAAAAGGAAACUUGUCUCGAGUACAGAAAUUAUCAACACAAGAAAAUAUCAAUUGUAGAGAUAAUCAAGGGAGAAAUUCUACUCCUCUGCAUUUAGCAGCUGGAUAUAACAACGUUGAAGUAGCUGAAUUUUUAUUAGAGAAUGGAGCCGAUGUAAAUGCACAAGACAAAGGAGGAUUAAUACCACUACACAAUGCUUCAUCAUAUGGGCAUGUGGAUAUAGCAGCCUUGUUGAUCAAGUUUAAUACCUGUGUGAAUGCUGUAGACAGAUGGGGAUUUACCCCUCUCCAUGAGGCAGCACAGAAAGGAAGAACUCAGCUCUGUGCUUUACUGCUGGCUCAUGGUGCAGAUUCAUCCUUGAAAAACCAGGAAGGUCAAACACCACUUGACUUAGCAACAGCUGAUGAUGUCAGAGCUUUGAUACAAGAUGCCAUGCCACCUGUCUCCCAACCACCAACAUUACAAAAAUCCCAGUUGAUGACUACAUCGGUGGCAGAUAAUACCAGUUCAUCGUCUGGUAACAGUACAAUGUUUACCAGUACAGAUUUAGGAGCUGCUGCAGGGGCAUCAAUGGCUUCUGGUGGUAUACCAUCAAGUCCCCAGGGUGGGGACGGGGCACAAAUGGAACGUACAAUGGCUGAAGGAGAAAGAACUGUGGACAAUAUUAGUGUUUCGUCAUUCUUAACUAGUAUUGGACUGGAACAGUUAAGAGAUAUUUUUGAAAAAGAACAAAUUACAAUGGAUAUUUUAGUUGAAAUGGGACAUGAUGAAUUAAAAGACAUUGGUAUAAAUGCUUAUGGACACCGACAUAAGAUUCUGAAAGGAUUAGAAAAAAUGGUGUCAGGAAAAGGAGGAAGUUCAAUUCUAACACCAGUACCACACCAAGGUACAGUUCUUGUAGAUCUGACUACAGAGGAUCCUGAAUAUAUUUCUGUUGAUGAACAGAUGGAGAGUACAUUGAGAGAACACAAAGACAAUGUGGGUGGUACUUACAACAAAUACAAUAUGUUAAAAAUUCAGAAAAUAAGUAAUAAAAGAUUAUGGGCUAGAUACUGCCAUAGACGGAAGGAAGUAGCAGAGGAGAAUCAUGGUCAUGAAAAUGAGAGACUCUUGUUUCAUGGUUCACCAUUCCUUAACACUAUAGUUCAGAAAGGAUUUGAUGAAAGACAUGCUUACAUUGGGGGCAUGUUUGGAGCAGGAAUUUAUUUUGCUGAGAAUUCAUCUAAAAGUAACCAGUAUGUGUAUGGUAUUGGUGGUGGGACAGGAUGUCCUGCUCAUAAAGACAGAUCAUGUUACAUAUGUCAGAGACAAUUAUUACUGUGUCGAGUGACAUUGGGAAAAUCCUUCUUACAGUUUAGUGCAAUAAAGAUGGCCCAUUCACCUCCAGGCCAUCAUUCCAUUAUAGGGCGACCCAGUAGUGGAGGUCUGAUGUUUCCAGAGUACGUUGUAUACCGAGGAGAACAGGCCUAUCCAGAGUAUUUGAUUACAUUCAAAAUAGUAAAGCCAGACAACACAGAAGAUAGUGCCAAGAAGUCAUAACAGGAGACACUAACACAAAACCUUGUAGAUCUGCUUUGUUAGACAUAACAGUAUUUUAAUUGUCAAACCAUUUGUUUUAUCAUUCAUGUUAUGGUUGUUAUCCAAAUCAAAUGUUUUAGUAAGUCAUUGUUGUGUACCCACACUUACAAUAAGGAGGGUUAAUUAUUAUUGGUUCAUUAGUAUUUUGUUGUCCAGGUAGUGGAUCAUUCAUUCAUUGGACCAUUUAAUUCAUAUAGGGGGGGUCAUAUUUGAUCAACAUCUUUGUUUUGCAAUCUUUAAUUUUUUCCCAAACCAUUGAGCAGCUAUAAAUAAUACAUGUAUGAAAAUUAAGGGAAAAAAUAUGAAUGCCAUUUUAUAUAUUAAUUUAGAUAUAAGUGUCUAUUCAUUCAUGGGCUAUUCAUUUUCAAAAAGUUAAGUAUAACAAUCAAACCAGAAGUAGUCAUUCUACAAAAAGCAUUAGUUGUCCUUUUUGUUACUAAGAUUUGAAACAUAAAUCUUUAUUGAUAUUCAUCUUUUUUUAUAAAAGUAGACUUAAUAGUAAAGUUUGAAUAAAUUAAAGAUUUUGUUAUGUGAAUUUUUAUUUAGAAAUCCAUUUAAUGCAAGAGGAAACAUACCUUAGGUCUGUUCUAGUAGGAAAAUAAACUAACAUGGUUGUUAAGGGCUGUUCCAUAUUUGAUUGUGCUGGAAAGGAUGGGGGACACUCAAAAAUUGUGGGUGGUUUCAUUUUCUUUAAAUUUUUGUAAUAAAUAAAAGUUAAGUAUUGAUGGUUGGGAUCUUAAAAAGAACCUUCCAUGCCCCAUGUAUUUAAAUGUGAAAAAGCUCUGAUGAGAAAGGUUAACGCAUGAUUACAAAACCAUAUAUCAGCUUUUAAGGAGAUGUUAUCAUUUGUUGCUAAAAUAGGGAAGAAAAAAAUAGAAAUGAAAUUCAUCUUUGUUUCUUUUAGCAGUUACAUACCAUCAUAUUUAAACUGAAACAGUUAAUCUAUUUCUCAUAGGUUGUUCAAAAAUUUUAGAUAACAUUGCUAAAAUACUUAUUUUAGAAUAUUAUUUAUUUUUCUUACUCUUGGUGAUCUAAGAAAUAUAUGUGUGUGUGGUAUCCAUUGUUUAUAAUCUUCUUGCCUUAUUUCUGUCUCUAUUUUCUAUUUCCUAUUAGCUCUGAAUGUUAAUCCCAAUAUUAUGUUAUGUUGAAUUUGUGUAUUUCAUUUUUGAAUGAUUGAGUGAAACUGAUAUAAGAGUGUAUUUUAACAUUUUCAAAAAUAUCUUUUGAACACCAUAUCAACUUGCAAUACUGUUAAACAGAUUCAUUAAUCAUUGCUUUUCUUUAAAAAAAAAAAAAAAUCUAAGAGUCCAGCAUCGAAAUACAUAGUCUUCGAGUCUAAACAUUUUGUGGUAAAAUUAUAGAAAUUUAAGACAGUCAGUGCAAAGAUUUUACAGUAAAAGCAUUUUUUUUAACGACAAAAUCAAAUUGCAUAUGGUUGUUCUUUUGAUAGAUUUAAAUGAACAUUGAGUAAAAAAGAUAAAGCAUAUAUAGAUUUUAUUAAAAAUUACACAUUGGGAAUGGAAACAAUUGUUAAUGUUACUGUUUUAAGUAAUGGUUUUUAUUUUCUUCCAAUAUUAAUUUUCUUGACUCUUUUUGAGUGAAUGACGGUGAAUACUGUUUGGUAUUUCAUAUAAAACAACCAAAAAAUCAAUACAAAAUGAACAAAAUGAAAAUGGGUGUUUAUCUGAAAUACAGAAUUUAACCCCAAAAAAAGUUGCAAUUCUAAGUGAAAGUUUUGUAGUAAACAAAAGAGAAACAAGAGAAUUGUACUGAUUUUAAAUUAUUUUCAGUUAUAUCAAGUUUUACAUGAUUUUUAACUCCGUUAUUUUUUUUUAAUUAUAUAACAUUUAUUUCGUUUUCAGUAAUGAUUUAAUUUACCAAUGAAAGAUUUUGCAGCUUGUUUGGCAGAUAUUUUAAAACCAUUUCAAAAGAUUAAAUUUACAUGCCAUCAAUAAAAAAAUCAUACAAACUAAACAUACACUAAAAAAAACUCAAUUAAUUUUUUUUUUUAAUGCUUCACAUAUUACACUAAUGAGUGGAGAUAGAGCAACAAAACCUUAAAAUUUCACAUAAAAAAAUCCAUUUUUUUUCCUUAAAAGUGUGUUUGAUAUUUUGAACAAGAUGAUUGCUUGAACCAUAUUUUUAUGUAUAGAAAACCAAAAUUAUCCAGUUGUUGGGUUAAUGUUUUAGAGCUUGCCAUGUAUUUAAUUGUAAAUAUUAGUUAACCAGUCUAUGUUAUGAUUGUAUACAUUGUAUAUAAUGUAAACUAAAUUAUCUAUUGUCAUUAAAUGUGAAUCAGAUUAAAACUCA